CGACUGUGGGCGCCCGCUUCCGUCCUAGCCUUUUUCUUUUCGAUCUCGGCUUUCCGAAGAGGUAUGGUAUAACCGUGUCUCGACCUUUCGCGAAUCCGUUUGCAUCGCUUGUAAAAAGCCCCGAAUCCCGUGAAUUUCAGUGCAACCGAUGAUUCGCGAGUCCGACUCACCGAUUUCCGCCCGAAUUUCCCGGACCCAAGCAGUUAUUUGCCCGAAAAUUGAACUACGAAGUCGCGUGACGUCUACGGCCGUCCGCUGAGUCGGCCCUGUGUGUCGUGUCCCGCGAAUUAUCUACGGCAAAAUGGGCCGAUACUCGCAUGAGGCUUCGAAUCCUGGCAAGUCGUGCAAGGCGCGCGGCUCAAACCUCCGUGUCCACUUCAAGAACACCCAUGAAACGGCACGAGCCAUCAAGAACAUGGCCCUCAGAAGGGCACAAAAGUAUUUGAAGAACGUUAUUGAAUUCAAAGAGUGUGUUCCCUUCAGGAGGUUUAAUGGUGGUGUUGGAAGGUGUGCACAAGCCAAACAGUUUGGCACAACUCAGGGUCGAUGGCCUAAGAAGUCUGCAGAAUUUUUGCUUCAGCUCUUGAAGAAUGCAGAAAGCAACGCUGACCUCCGAGGUCUUGAAGUUGACAGGCUUGUCAUUGAACACAUCCAGGUGAACCAAGCGCCUUGCCUUCGCAGGAGAACAUACAGAGCUCACGGUCGUAUUAACCCGUACAUGAGCUCCCCAUGCCACAUUGAAGUCAUAUUGACUGAGAAAGAAGACGUCGUUGCCAAAGCAACAGAGGAAGAGCCUUCCAAGAAGAAGUUGAGCAAAAAGAAGCUUGCUCGCCAAAAGGAAAAGAUGAUGAGGGAAUAAUUUGGAGGUACAUAAUGCGAGAUCUUAUGUAUUCGGAAAUAAUAAACUUUAAAUGGUUCUCUAAA